GAUCCGUACGGAGAUGAAAGUAAGGAGUACGUAAGGAUGUGCAGUCGCGCGAUGAUGCUCGUCAUCAUUGCCACAGCACGGGCAGCCUAUGUUGCUUUGGAACAGCCCAAUAGCAGCCAAAUGAAAAAUUACCCUGACCUGGUUUUCACCGGGAAGAGGAUCCAGGACCUCAUUGGCUACUGGAAAGACCAAUUCUUUUUCAUGGCUUCUUGGGGGGCCCCGACGGCAAAACCGACGCGAGUAUGGGGAACUCCGUUCUUAUCUCAGUUGCGUUUCUGUUGCAACUCGGACAAACGUGCUAGAAUGGGUGUGGAAAGUUAUACCGAGCGAUCACUUAUAUAUUAUUAA